AUGGCUCGAGUGGAAACCGGCAUGUUCGGGCAUGGGAAUCACAGUGGAUGUAACCAUGGGGUGGUAACCACCUUCCGCAUGUGGGGCGCGGCUCAAGACCUUGCAAGCGCUCCACAUGGCCUGUGUGACCCUGCUGCUGCUGCUGCGGCUGCUGCUGCUGCUGCUGCUGCUGGUGAUGAUGAUGAUUCUGCUGCUGCUGCUGGCGUUACUGCUUGUGGUGGUGACAGCACCAGAUCCGCUGUUGGCAGUUAUGAGAGGGGCGAUGGCGCUCUGUUAACCAGCGUGGAGAAAUACUCGAGCUUCAGCGACGUGGGCGCGAUUGCAAUCACGGGGCGCAGAAGCCACCGCAGAGACAGCAGCGCCUUUGUGUGUCGCUCCGAGGCGUAUCUAGACGCGCUCUCAGAGGCUAUAGCUACCGGCCUGGCGUCCAGAGCUGUGACGUUCCUUGCCGACCAGAUUUCGUCCGGCCAAUGGGAUGCUCCGAUGCCUCCCCUGCUGCUGCACCAAUCAGAGGCUCAGCCUGAGAUUCGGUUGGAUUGUGCUGCUGGUGCUGGUGAUGCUGCUGGUGCUGAGGGCAAUGAGUCAUUACGUGUAGCUGCUGGUGUGGAAGCCACGUCAGCGGAUGACAUGGCAUGCUCGGGAGGGCUAGGAGGGCAAGGGGCAACAACGCUGAGUCGUGCCAGCCUGGGCCUGGCACGUGCUGACUCACGCAUGGGAUCGCUGACGCCGAGUGACAGGUCAGCGCUCGAUGAGUCGGUGUUUGUCGGCAGUAUUGGCCACCUGGCGACUUUGGGCGGUGCACUGGCAGGAGAAGCUGUUGGUGGGGCCCCUUCUCCUGCUGACGUGGCACUUUCUUCUGCCUUACCCAUUCUCGCUGCUGCUGCUGGUGCCACCACCACCACCGCUGCUGCUGCACCGAACGAACCUUUGAAAGAUUCUCCAGAACCUGUCAACGAGGCAGCUUCAGCCGCAGCAGCCAGAGUUGCCGAACCUGCUCAUCCAUUUCCGCAUACAGUCUCAGGUGACUAUACCGAGCUGGGUGCGCCUGUAAAGAGGACAAGCAGCAGGGCAGACCGGUUAAGAAAAGAGGUGGCGGAGUGGAAUGGGGAGUGGGAGGAUGCAGCAGCAGGGGGUGUGUCACUGGUCUAUGAGGGGCAGCGGAGUGGGAGGGGAGGUGCGAUGGAGAAAGGGGUGGACAGUCAGGUGUCUGUGGUGUGUGGCGGCCUGCUAUUCGCAAUCGCCCUGGUGACGUGCUGCCUGUGGGCCAUGUGGGAGGUGGCGGAGCGAAUGGAAGGUCAGACGGAGAAGCACCUCACGGAGCUGGCUGCUGCCAGGGCCACGCAGGAGGGGGCAGUCCGGGCCAAGAAGGAAUUUCUCGGAUGCAUCUCGCAUGAGAUUCGCACCCCAAUCAACGGGAUUAUAGGCAUGCUGCAACUGUUGGUGGAGGAGUGUGAGCUAGCUAGACCAGGAUCAGAGGGAUGCGAUCGACGCUACGCUGCUCUUCCCUUGCUCACCCCCUUAUGCAUGCUGCAGCUAUUAGUCGAAGAGUGCGAGCUGGAUCAGGAUCAGAGAGACGCAAUCGACACUGCGCUGCUCUCCUGCUGGACGCUCACUGACUGGCUGGCAAAGUUUGUCUAUUCUGAGAACCCCACCCUCCUCGUCCCAUCCCCCUCUGCUGCAGCAGCGACCAUUGCUGCGGUAGCAGCAGGAGCAAGGGCGAAUGAUCCUCCCGUUGUCGCAGUGAGAGGAGGGGAGGCGGGAGUGCUGAGACCAGAAAUAGAGAGGAGAGGGAGGAUUGGGGAGGAGGGGGCAACCAAGUUGCUGGUUGGCGCUGCUAGGAGCAGCUCUGAGAGCUCUGAGGAGGCUUGGCCGGCACAGGAGGGACAGAUGCAGGAGGAGGGAGGGAGGCAGCAGGAGGGAGGGAGACAACAGGAGGGGGAGAGGCAGCAGGAGGGGGAGAGGCAGCAGGAGGGGGAGAGGCAGCAGGAGGGGGAGAGGCAGCAGGAGGGGGAGAGGCAGCAGGAGGGGGAGAGGCAGCAGGAGGGGGAGAGGCAGCAGGAGGGGGAGAGGCAGCAGGAGGGGGAGAGGCAGCAGGAGCAAGCGAAUCUGCGGGGGAUGAGGGAGCAGGUCCUUCCGAGCCAGUUCUCAGGCUCGGUGGGCGCGAUUCCAAGCCUCUCACGGCCGUUUAUCAGACCUUUGGGCCUUGUUUCUCCUGACAGGACUGCUGGUUCCAAUCUACUGGCUACUGCUGCUGUUGCUGCUGCUGUUGCUGCUGCUGAAACAAGAGAGGAUGUGGGGUACGUGAGCGGUGAUAGCGGUUACGCCAGUGGUGCUGGUGGUUAUGUCAGCGGUGACGCUGGGUAUAGUUGGAAGGAGAGGAGGAGAAAGGAGAGGGAAGGGUACCCUUCUGCUUCUCACCUGGGCAUGCCUGGUGCUGCUGGUAGCAGCAGGGAGGUUUGUGUAGGGGGAGGUACAACUGGGGAGGGUAAAGCUGGGGAAGACUUGUGGGGUGGAGGGGAGGUGGUGUCUGGGAGUGGGUUGGCUGCUACCCCCUCCUCCUGGUCCUCUGAGAUGGAUCUUCUGAUUGGUGGACGGUGGGGAGGGGAUGGUGGGAGAGGAGAGGGGAGUGGAGGAAUUGCGUUAAGAGGGGAGGGGAAUGAAGGAGGAAGGGAAUUCGUGAAGGAUGGGAGCGAAAAGGCGAGAGGGGAAGAGGGAGAGGGGGAGGGAGAGGAUGCAGAAAGGGGGGAGGAGGUGGAGAUUAGACGAGCCAAGACUCUGGAAGCCGACUGGUCGGGGCGACGAGGCGGGACGAGAGGAGUGACGUUCGCAGAAGCAGACGAGGAGGGGCGGUCAGGGGAGGAGGGGGAAGGAAGGGUGAGGGAGCAGAGGUUGGGAAGCAGAGCGCGGUUUCCAGAUAUGGUGGUGGUUGAGGAGCAAGGGGGCAUGGAGCCCUUUCCAGGUUCAAGCAACUUGAAGGGUACGGAUGGGUACACGAGGGGUUCAGAUGGGUACUUGAGCAGUCCAGGCAGCACAGCCAGCAGCAGGAGUCAGGCCCAGUCGCACCGGUUCCCAUCCCCUUCUGAUAGCUGGGGCCCUGCUCUCCCCACUGCUGCUGCUGCUGCUGCUGCUGCUGCUCCUUCCGCUUCCCCGUCCUCUUCUCCCUCCUCCUUGCCCUUCUCCUCUGCGUGCGUUCCACCUUCCACUCUCACAGCUACUGAUGUUGCACCUACAGCACCUGAUGAGAAUCUUCUACCUGCUCUUUCACCUGAAUGCACGCAUUGCCCUGCCCUCCCUGCAUCCUUGGCCGCCUCCUCUUUCUCGCCUGCCGCCUCUCCCCCUGCUCACAUCACUGCUCCCACGGUGAGCUAUAGGGAGCUAGCAGCAGCUGCUACUGCUGUGCCUGCAGCGGAUUUCUCAGCUGGACACGAAGCAGUUAAGGUUCCAGUGGCUGGGGCUGUAGCAACACGGGCUGUACCGUUGCCAGCGGCACCGUCCUUGACUGACCUGGUACAGGAGGAGUUUGCUGCUGCUGCUACUGCUGCUGCUACAGCUGCAAUAGCUGUUGAUGACAUUUAUGAUGAAGCAGAAGAGUGUGAUGAGAGGGAGGAGGAGAGGAGGGAGCAGGAGGGUCAACGAGUGGGAGAGGAAGCAGGGAGAGCCGCUGAAGACAGAGGUAGCAGCGCGGGGGGAGAGAGGACAAUAAGGGAGGAGACGCGGGGGGGUCCAGGGCUCCUGGACCUCAAAACACCAGGGUCUGAAACAGGGAACCACCACCAGGGCGGCCAAAUCUCCCCCGAAACCACGCGCGAAACCUCCUCCGAAACACCGCAGGCCUCCUCCGCGGAUUCAAAUCAAGCAGGGCAGGUGGACGAGCUGAGCCAAGCAGGGCAGGUGGACGAGCCGAGCCAAGCUCCCGCCCCGCCACUCUCCCCAAGGACCCUCACGGCACGGUUGAAAGGGCGACGGGUACUUGUGGUGGAUGACAACGCGGUGAACCGCAAGGUGGUGCUGGCGAAGCUACGGCCGUACGGCAUGGUGGGCGUGCAGGCAGAGAAUGGCUGUGUUGCAGUGGAGAAGUUUUUAGAGGGGAUGAAGGAAGGCGGAGACGCGGGUGUAGGGGGUGGGGGUGGUGGGGGGAGUGAGGGAGGUGGAGGGGGUGAAGGAGGUGGAGGGGACGGGUUUGUGUGCGUCUUUAUGGACCUUCAGAUGCCGGUGAUGGACGGCUAUGAUGCAACCAUCGAAAUCCGACGGCUGGAGGAGCAGGUGGGUCGGCAUCGAGUUCCGAUAUUUGCCAUCACGGCCGAUCUUGUGGCGGGAGCUCCUGAGAGGUGCCGGGAAAUUGGGAUGAAUGGAUUUAUGACCAAGCCUCUUUCCAACGAUCAAUUGAAAGCAUCGCUUGCAGUGGUGGCUGCCAAUGUGUGA